AUGAAAAAUACACCUCUUUACACCUUCAUUGCUUUUACAGUUGGAGGUGGUAUUAUGAGUCUACCUUGGGCUAUGAUGAACUCAGGAUGACUGCUCAGCCUUGUUGUAUUUUGCCUUAUUUGUUUCACAUACUGAAUAAUUUACAAUUCCUUGAUCUACGCUAUUGAAGGCUCCGCUAACCACAACUACGCUGCAGUGGUCAAAUUCUACUACGGCAUUUGGCCUGCCAGAGGAGUUUUAGUCGCAAUUUGUAUUCACUGUGUACUUCUUAUGAGCAUCCACUUUAUUCGUAUAAUGGAGCUAUUUAGAUUCGUGACUGUUUGAAUAGGGAUUUUUUCUAAAGAAGAUUUUACUUUAUGAGUUGACACGCUUAUUAUCAUGAUAAUUUCUAUUCCUUUAUUUAUUUUUGGGUCAUAUAUUCGGCUUCAUACACUGAAACAUAUCCCAAUCUUCAUAUUUUUUGCAUGGGUCUAUUUAAUUUUACUUGCUAUUAAAGAUAUUUUACUUGGAAAUGUCAGAGAAACAGGCCCACCUGCUAUUGAGAUGAGAAACAGCACUGAUAUUUUGUGGACGGCCAUUGAGUCGUUUAAUGCGAUUCAAUGUGUCCCUAUUAUUUAUCAAGAAACGCAAGACAGCCUUUUAAUUAGGAAAUCAAUUACAAGAGGGCUCAUUAUUGCGUUUUUGCUGUUUUCAGUAUCAGGGAUCAUAGGGUCAAAUUUUCAUAAGGGGAAAAUUACAGAAUUGUCAUUGGUCCAUUUUAGCAUUAAUAAUGCUAAUUUAAACAGAGGAAUUGAUUAUUUUAUGGUUAUUGGGAUUCUAGGGAUUAUUGUUGCUUUAGUUUUCUCAAUUCUCUUACUGAUAAGCCCAGCAAGACUCUCCGUAAAUCAAUUGGCUAAAGGGGUUUAUUUCAGCUAUAAUAAAACAGAGCAUCAUAUUAUCACUUAUUUAAUAUUGGCAACUAGCAUGGUUUUACCGUUAAUUUUUUCUUUUGAUUUGAAUGAUUUUAUGCUUUUGAGAAAAGUCUCAAAACUGCUGUUUUGCCUUUGCUAUCCAUUUUUGAUUUAUAUGAUGGUUGAUAAGUCACUUCUGAAGAAAAUUGCUUUUGGGGUCUGGAUAGGAUUUUUGUUUUUCGCUUGCAUUUAUGGAAUGGAUUGGUAA